AUGGCAGACGUAAAUAAGUGCGGAGAUGAUGGAAAAUUCCCUUUGUAUAUUGCUUGUCAGAGGAAUCAUAUAGAGAUAGUAAAGAUAUUACUGGACAAUAAAGCAGAAAUAAAUCAGUGUAAAAAAGACGGACCAUCUUCUUUGUAUGUUGCUUGUCAUCAGAAUCAUCUAGAAUUAGUAAGGAUGUUACUUGACUACAAAGCAGACAUUGAUAAAGGUGCAAAUAAUGGUGCAACUCCUUUGUUUAUUGCAUGUAAAAAAAAUCACAAAGAAUUGGUAGAGAUAUUACUGGAUAAUAAAGCUGACAUAAAUAAGUGUUUAGUUGAUGGAGGAUCUCCUUUGUUAAUUGCUUGUUACCAGAAUAAUAUCGAAAUAGUAAGGGAGUUACUUGCCCACAAAGCAGAUAUUAAUAAAAGUGCACAUGAUGGAUCAUCGCCAUUGUUUAUUGCUUGUCUGAAAAAUCACAAAGAGAUAGUGCAAAUAUUACUGGACAACAAAGCCGAUAAACAUAAGUGUACAUUAUGUUGA